GUUGCAUGCUGGGUAUUGAGGCUAUCCGGGAGGCCCAGAGCUGUGACCUGAGCAUUUCUGUGAACAAGCACUGUCAGCAGGUGGCUAAAAACUGCUGCAGUGUGGAACUGGACAAUAUCCCCAGCCAAGAAGGCUUCUUAAACAUCAUCACUGGAGAAGGAAACCCUGAGAAUGAACUCAGAAGAGCUACAUGUGAAGGGUCAAAGUGCGCUCACCUAUGUACUGGGCACGGUGUCUGUGCAUGCUUUGAAGGUCACAGACUCAAGCCAGAUGGAUUCAGUUGUGAUGAUGUCAAUGAAUGUCUAGUUGGCUCCCCAACCUGCCAGCAGGGGGAGCAGUGUAUCAACACAGAGGGAUCUUUCCGCUGUCAAAGACAGGCCAGCUGUGGCACAGGCUAUGAGCUCACAGAUUCCAAUCUGUGCAAAGACAUUGAUGAGUGCUUGACUGGGACACAUAAUUGUGGUGCUGAGUUUCGGUGUGAGAAUAAAGCGGGGUCCUUCAGCUGCCUGCCCCAAUCACAGUGUGAGGAGGGCUACCUACAGGAUGCAGUGGGAAACUGCAUUGAUAUAAACGAGUGUGUAAGUCGGGAGAGCCCUUGUCAGCCAGGCCAGACGUGUGUUAACACAUUGGGCUCCUAUACCUGUGAAACGCACAGAGUGACCUGCUCACGUGGAUAUCGCCUGAAUGAAGAUGGCUCUCGCUGUUUUGAUGUUGAUGAGUGCAAGGGCUCAGUGCGUGCCUGUCAGGGCCAUGGCUGUGUGAACCUCCUGGGUACUUUCCGUUGCGAAUGCCAACCAGGUUUUAUAUACAACAGCAUCAACAAAGUAUGCGAAGAUAUCAAUGAGUGCAGGCACUAUCCAGGACAGCUUUGUGCACACAAAUGUGAGAACACCCCUGGGUCCUACCAAUGCAUCUGUAAUUCAGGAUUCACGUUGGCAAGUGAUGGCAGGAACUGUGAUGAUCUGAAUGAGUGUGAAGAUAACCCCUGCAACCAGGAAUGCGCUAAUGUCUAUGGCUCCUAUCAGUGCUACUGUCGCCUUGGUUACCAACUCAGUGACUCCGAUGGGGUUACAUGUGAGGAUGUUGAUGAGUGCGCCCUCAAGUCCGGAGGGAAGGUCUGUUCCUAUCAGUGUUCAAACACCGUGGGGAGUUUUGAAUGCUCAUGCCCCGCCACCGGUUACACCUUGGCACCAAAUGGCCGAACAUGUCAAGACAUUGAUGAGUGUGCAACUGGAGGACACCGAUGCCAUGCCACGGAGACCUGCUUCAACAUACAGGGCGGAUUCCGCUGCCUGUCCUUCGAUUGUCCUCCAAACUUCCGCCGUGUUGCAGAAAACCGUUGUGAGCUCUUACCUUGCAGACAGGCACGCGAGUGCCUCUCUCUUCCCUUGAAAAUCUCCUUCUACAACCUCACUUUCCCCACCAACCUACCGGUCCCCGCUGACAUCUUCAGAAUGGGCCCUUCUAACUCCAUACCCGAGGACAACAUCCAACUUGCCAUAGUAGCUGGCAAUCAAGAGGGUUACUUCAGUGCUCAGAGACAGGGUUAUGGGGGGGUGAUAUCCCUGCAGAAGACUCUGACCCAUCCUCAGGACUUCCUGCUGAGUGUAGAGAUGAGGCUGACCCGUUAUGGCACUGUCACUCUCUAUCUGGCCAAGAUCGCUGUGUUCGUUACUCAUGGGCAACCGGUCUCAUCUACCAGACUGCCAUAGUUGCAUUCUUUUGCAUGAAAGGUGCUAUAUAAAUAAAGUUUAUUAUUAUUAUUAUUAUUACUAUUAUUAUUAUUAUUAUUAUAGUGAUAGAACAAUAAAUGUGUGCUUCAGCUUGUCUUCACGCAAUGAUUUUUAUGUGGCUUUGUAAAUGCUUUGGUGAUACGUCUUACAAAAAAUGUGUUGGAGGAGUACUUCCAGUAGAUGUUGUGUAUAGAAAAUAAUUGACAGUACAAAUACCCCGCCCCCCCCCCCACCCCACCACCACCUUAUGCAAUUGAUUUUGUUGACAGAUGUUUUGAGUUUCAAAUGUUGCUUUCCAUCCUAAAGCCUGUUGUCAUGAUUAAAAUUACUCCUAAAACCUCUCCAUACCAUACAGAUCAAUUAUCUUUUACAACCAAUCAGUGUUUACCAUCAAUCUGUAGUAGGAUCAAGGCAGUAUCAAUGUAAUCCUCCUAUUGCUAUCAGUAUGGGCAGUCGCCUUGAAUGUUUAAGUGUAGCCCCUGUGUGCAACAGCUAGAAGUUAUCAAUUAAUAUGGAAUUGAUCUUGGCAAAUUCUGUGGCUUGCAAUUCUGUGGUAGGGGCUUCCGAGAAUCAACCAUAGAUGUAUCAAUUUAUAUGCAGAAACAAGCUCUGUGGCCAGGGUAAUGGUUAACUCAGAUUUCCUGCCAUACCUCUGCCAGAUUAAACCUAUAGAGAAAUAAGGAUGUCCCUUUCCAGAGCAAAAAAAAAAAAAGACAAAAGAAACAGGGAUCCUAUUUAUGGAGAUGUAGGCUCUGGCACCAGUUAGGCCCCAAUUGGUGGUUGGAAGGCAUCACUGCUCAGAAGAACAGUGACCGACAGUGUUAGUUUUGGGUGGUAAUCAAAGAACUGACUGUAAAUGAUAUGGAAACAGUAGUUGUGAAUGAAUAGGGCCAGAUGCCUGUUGAAUGAGCAGAUUCUACUUCAUGGUGUGGAUAUAUUCAAAGCUUUGAGUUUUACAUCUUGAGGUGCAACCUGAAUGGCACAGAAAUUGGUCUGCAUAGGUGGAAGGCUCACGAAUAUGAGUGGGAGUUUCUAGUUGAGAAAAGUGAUUGUAAACUACACCGCCAUUUUGUGGUCUUGAAAAACGUGGACUUCCCUGCUAGUUACUAAUUACAAGUUACACAUCAUCAGAGAUUUGACUUUGAGUAGGUGCCGUCUUCCUUUAUGAAGCCUUAUACCCUAAACUUUUUGUAUUUUUUUUUUCAGAGAAUGAAACUCAGUGUAUGAAUAGUCUGUUGUACUGUCUGUAAAUCACACCCAACAAUUGAAAAACUGUGGAUGGAAAAUAUUUAUGUCAAAAUUAAAUUACUUUUUGUCUGUUUUCAGGACUAAUGAUAUGAGUAUGGACAGAUUUCGCUGUUUGAAGUCCUGCCAAUCCCAUGACACUGACUGUGCUAUGGAGACAGUGAAAUUCAUUUCCCACACUCUCAUCUCCUUAACUACAUUUAAAGAACUACGAGAACCAGAGGGUAGGGAUCUUUAUGAUCCAUUGAUCAUCCUGCAUGGGUAGUUGUACUAUUGUGGAGCAAAUGUCAUGGCUAACAAUAACUUGAUUUCUCUACAGAGUUUGUCCUUCUCAGAACCACGGUGUCCCCAUUCUCAUCCCCAUAUCUGACACCUGAUGUCAAUUUCGACAUCCUGACAGGCGACAUACAGAACUCUUUUGAUGUUUUGAAGCGCCUUGAGAACCAUAAUGUGGUGGGUGA